GAGUGAUGGUUUCUCUUUUAUUACGGCCUCCUGUUCAGGAGGCGUUCAAGUGAAAACGUUUCAACUGCACCGGUUUGCAACGUUUCACAACAGAAUUUAAAAUCUGUCGCACUUUCAGCUCCCUUUCCGGGGUACGUGCCAUCUAAAUAUUGAAUGUAGCAGGAGCUACAAACUGCUUGCAAGAGCGCGUCCAAUACAUAGUCGCUGCUGUGAAAAAACGUUUUUGUACGUUUUGACAGCGUUGAACGCGACUCGAAGAGUCACGUUUCAGAGGGAGACAACAAUAGGGAAGAAGUGACCAGCGAGUCAGUACCUCACCGGAGGCGGCAGAUGUAUCGGGGAAAGGACGUCGGCUCUUCUCAAAGACAAUCAUGGCAGUGGAUGUCCCUGGACUGGUGGCCGUUGUGGUUUUUUAUCUUGUCAUCCUGGUAAUUGGGAUCUGGGCAUCUCGAAAAUCCAAGAAAGUGGAGAAGACAUGUGCUGGAAGCAAGAGUGAAGUUACCAUUGUUGGUGGCCGCAACAUCAGUGUCCUGGUUGGGGUUUUCACCAUGACAGCAACAUGGGUUGGUGGAGGUUAUAUUAUGGGAACUGCUGAGGCUGUUUAUUCUCCUUCUCAAGGUCUCAUUUGGGCAAUGGGGCCUCCUGCCUAUCUUAUCAAUUUUCUUCUGGGAGGGUUGUUUUUCGCGAAACCAAUGAGGUCAAAGCGCUACGUGACCAUGUUGGACCCUUUUCAGCAUCGCUAUGGCAACAUGUUCACUGCAACACUGCUGCUUCCUGCGUUGGUCAGUGAUAUUUUGUGGGUUGCCUGCAUCCUUGCUGCUCUAGGAGGAACGAUGAGCAUAAUUCUUGGGUUGUCGUCCGCCCUCUCCAUCAUUAUCUCAGCGGCUGUCUCCAUCAUCUAUACAUUCCUAGGGGGUCUCUACUCCGUUGCAUAUACUGAUAUCAUCCAGCUUUCCUUCAUCUUUUUCAGCAUGUGGCUCUGUAUUCCUUUUUUGUUACUCAGUCCUGCGGUCACUGAGAACCCUCAAACGGCCCUUCUCAACCAAACAAAUGGCAACUCAUGGACAGGAGAGCUGGAGCUGGCGGAUGCAGGAAAAUGGGCAGAUGAGAUGCUGUUAUUGGCUUUAGGGGGACUGGCCUAUCAAGCUCUAUACCAGAGGAUCCUCUCUGCGUCCUCCUCGGCUCAGGCCCAGGUCACCUGUUUUGCUGCUGCUGGGACAGUUUUUAUUAUGGGAAUCCCCUCUGUGGUCAUCGGAGCAGUGGCUGCCUCUGCAGACUGGAACCAGACAGCGUAUGGUCUACCCCCUCCUUAUGAACGAGGGGAGGCAGGGAAGAUCCUGCCACUGGCCCUGCGCUACCUCACACCCACCUGGGUCUCAGUGUUAGGCAUUGGUUCUGUGGCUGCAGCAGUUAUGUCCUCCAUGGACUCUGUGCUGCUGUCCUCAGCAUCCAUGUUUACACAAAACAUUUACAAGACAACAUUGAGGAAGCAGGCCUCAGAACGGGAGCUGCAGCGAGUGAUCCGUGUUAGCGUGCUGCUUGUGGGCCUGGCAGGAACAGGCCUGGCCUUCGGUGACGACAGUGUGUUCGCUUUCUGGCUGGUAAGCGGGGACCUCCUCUACUGCGUGAUCUUCCCGCAGCUCAUCUGUGUGCUCCACUUCCGCUAUGCUAAUACCUACGGUGCUAUUAGCGGCUACGUGGUUGGGCUGCUGCUGCGUGGGCUGAGCGGGGAGCCAUUGCUCGGGAUCCCUCCUGUUCUGCUGUAUCCUGGCUGGAGGGAGGAGAACAGAGUUAUCACACAGUACUUUCCCUACAGGACUCUGGCCAUGCUUUCUUCUGUGAUAUGUAUUAUUACAGUGUCCUGGCUGGUGGAGCUAGGCUUCUGUCACCAAUUCAUUCCUGAGUCCUGGGAUUUACUGGGGGUUUUUGAAGACAAAACAGAAGCAGAGGAAGAUGAGGUACCUUCUCCUCGCGAGAAAAAGAACAGUAUUCUUAAUACAAAAUUCUAAGCUCAAAUUCAAUACAGCCUCAGCUAAAGUAUACCCAAACCUUUUUUAUGCAAAUACCAACCCUCUUCUCUGCACAGACUCUUUAUGCACAAUUUUACACGUACUGUAUACUACACGUGUUUAAUACUGAUUUAUAUAUGCUUUACGUGCACCAAACUCUGACCAGCAGUAUGUUGAGGCAGUCGAAAAAUGGUGUCUCCAUUUAACAGAACAGGAUUAAUUAUGAAGACCUCAAAAAUGGUGUCUCUAUUUAACAGAACAAGAUUAAUUAUGAAGACCUCAAAAUUCUGAUCUUAAUAUCAGGAUUCAAUUUUUUUUCCCAUGGUGGUAAUCCUCCUAAAAUGAACCGCUUUCCUUAGUUCUUUAUCAUAGGUAACAAACAUUUUCUUAGAUUCUCCAAUCAAACCUUUUCAGUCAGUUAAACUAUACACAGAUAAUGUUAUUUAACUUGUGUGAUCAUUCACCAUUGUCAUACGUUUAAGAAGCAGUUUUUCCUCUUUGUAUUUAAUAAGCAUUCAGGGGACAAAUCUUGAGUGCAAUUGGAAGUGCAAUACUUGAGACGUUGAAGUUGAGUGUUCCAAAUAUUCUAGCACGAGGUGCCUGUUGGUAUAAGUGUUCACCAGUAUUUUAUGUUUUAAAGGGAUCAUAAUUGAAAGAUCAUCAAGAUAUAGAAUUAGAUAUAGAAUUAUUAUUUUUUAGAUGUUUUGUGAUUGCAAGUGUUCAUUAAAAAAAGAUAUAUGUCUCUAA